CUCUGGAUUUUUUCUCCGCAACAGUUGCUUAUACAAACCAAAUCCGAAUAGGAAUUUGUUCGAUUCUAUACAGUUUGUUUAUUUGUCCGAAUCGGAUUUGUUCGAAUCCAAUAAUUCUUAGAUGCUGUUGCCGAUUAAUAGCUGAUUUGGAGAGGUGAUAUUUACUUGUUCAAUCCUAUACAAUCGGUGAUUUUCGUUGAAGCUAGAGUGCUGUUGUGAUAAAAAAGCAUGAUUUCGAAAGAUUUGUUGAAGAUUAGUGAUAAUCAAGGUUCUAAUUGUGGUGAUUCAUCUCGUGUUAGCGUUAUUGAUUGUACUGGUGAUGGAUAUUCAAGUGAAACAGAGAGUGCUAUAACAAGUUAUAGUUUAACACCGGGUGGUAGUCGCGUUUAUGUGCCUAAGGAUGUAGAUUUAGAGCAUAUUCCGUCUUUAAAUCAGAUUUUUGAGGGCUUGGAUAUUGGUUAUAAGUUUUAUAAAAAUUAUGGGAGGUUGGGAGGGUUUGAUAUUCGAAAGACAACAGAGAAACGGGAUGAUGACGGGACUGUGAUACGAAAACAUUAUGUAUGUAGCUCUGAAGGUUUUAAUGAUGUUGAUAUUGGUAGUUUAGAAAGCAAUAAUUGGAAAAAUGGUAAAGAAAGAAGGACAGCUUCGCGGAGGUGUGGUUGUAAAGCCAAAAUGGUUCUGAAGUAUACAAGUGGAAAUAGAUAUUACGUGUUUAGUUUUGUUGAACAACAUAAUCAUCCUUUGGCUAGUAAGACUGGUAGGCAGUUUCUAAGAGUAAGUCGGGAUAUGGGAAUUAGUUCAAGAAACUUUGUUUUUGCAGCUGGAAAAGCUAAUAUUGGGUGCAGCAAGGCUUUUGGCUUAAUGAAAGAGAUGGUAGGCAGCUAUGCUAAUGUUGGUGCUACUUUGCGAGAUUUUCGAAAUUUUAACCGUGAUUUGAAGUGCUUCGUUGGAGUGCGAGAUGGACAAAUGCUUAUUGACAAAUUCAAAGUUACAAAGGAGAGUUCUAAAACAUUUUAUUUUGCUUAUGAGGUUGAUAGUGAAGGACACUUGACGAAGCUUUUCUGGUCUGAUGUGAUUGGACAAAGGAAUUUUGAAUUAUAUGGUGAUGCUGUAUCGUUUGAUGCUACUUUUGAUACAAAUAAGUACAAUAUGAUUUUUGCUCCAUUCACCGGUGUAGAUAAACAUGACAGAUGUGUUACGUUUGGUGCUUGUCUUUUAUCAAAAGAAGAUGUUACGCACUAUAGUUGGGCUUUUGAUCAUUUUGUUAAAGUAAUGGGUAGAAAUCCAGUGGUGAUAAUAACAGAUCAGUGCCCUGCCAUGAAAAUUGCUGUACCUGCGUCAUUCAAUUCUAAUAAUGGAUUGGUCUCAACUAAACAUCGUUUAUGCAUGUGGCAUAUUAUGGAAAAAUUCCCGACAAAGGUAAAAAUUCAAUUUAUAUAA